AUGAUAAAUAUGAAAUCGAUGAAUCCUCUCACGUGCAUACUAAAUGAUAAUAGGCUUACUGGACCUAACUUUUUGGACUGGCUCCGUAACCUGAACAUUGUCCUGAACAUGGAGGCUCUGGGAUACAUCCUGGAGACUCAGGAGAUUGAACUCCCUGGUAGGGAUGCUACGAGUGAUCAGCAGGACGCAUAUGAUCAGUGGUUUGUUGAUGACACGAAGGUCUGUUGCUAUAUGCUUGCUUCCAUGAGUAAUGAGUUGCAGAAUCAGCAUGAGAACAUGAAGAGUUCUUGUGAGAUCUUGAAGAAUCUCAGGGAGUUAUAUAGGGAGAAUAGCAGGACCGCACGAUAUGAGAUAUCGAAGGAAUUGUUCCAUGCGAAAAUGCAGGAGGGAAUUGAAGUUGCAGCUCAUGUGCAGAAGAUGAUUAGGCUGAUUCCGCAGCUUGAGAAAAUUGAGUUCCAGAUGGAUAAAGAACUUCAUGUGGAUUUAGUUCUUCAGUCUCUCCUAGAUUCUUUCUCAGGGUUCAUUGUGAAUUUUUAUAUGAACAAGUUAUCAUGUUUGUUGUCUGAGCUUCUGAACAUGUUGGUCACUGCACAGAAUACAAUGAACAACAAAAGGAAUAAUAAAGAAUCCAUUCUUGUGGCUGGUACUUCUUCCAGUAAGACUAGGAAGAAGAAAAAGAAGUCCAAGAAAGGCUCUGCUCCUCAGCAGUCAGCAGGAGUGACCAAGAAAAAGGGUAAGGCAAAGGUUGCUGCGGAUAAGGGAACUUGUUUCCACUGCGGUAAGGAUGGACAUUGGAAGAUGAACUAUUCUCAGUACCUCGCCUCGUUGAAGGCAAACAAGGGAAAGAAACCUUCAGAAGUUCAUCUACAGCUUGGGUUCUUGAUACUGGUGAGAGCUCACACGUUUGUACCUCUAUGUAGGAACUAG